AUGCUUGAUUUGGUGAUUCUGCUUUUGUUUUACGUACUGAUUUGGUAUGUUAUCCCUAAUGUCAUCCGCAGGUUAGACAAACGGUUUUUGUUUUUAUCGAGAGAGCCGAAUAAAUUUGAGUAUGAUCGCAGAUUGUAUCAUGCCCGGUAUUAUGUGAUGAACGGAAAUUGUGCAGUUGGAAGAUCAGUCUUGUUUGACUUGGCGGGUAGAGGUGCGCAGUUGCAUUUGCUUUAUUAUCCAGGAGAGGAGAAACUCUAUAAGCAAUUGGCAGGCGAAUUGAAAAAAAAUGCCAAGAAAUGUACCGUAAUACUCCAAAAUUGUGAUUUCCGGCUGUACGAUAGUAUUCAGAAGUUUGCAUGGGAGCAGGACAGGAAAUUCGACGGCAGAUUUUCUGGCUGCUUGUUCUUCGAAAGCGACCGUAGUUCUAAACCUUCAAAUUCAGUGGCUUUAGACCGGCUCUUGACUGCCAUGUCGUAUCUUGAGUGCUCUGACUUUGACAGACCAAAGGUUCGUAUUGUUUUUGUUUCUGAAUUUGGUGGUAGUCCUUUCCACAGAGAUAAGAGAUAUGACAGCCAUUUCACUGCAUUGGAAAUAUGGCAAGAUGAUGUAUCUCACUACAGCUGCCCUUGCCCCGCGCCCGAAGCGGCUUUUGCAAAUACAGGGUGUAUUUGGAAUGGCUCAGAGUUCUCUUUCGCUUAUGUCCUUCAUUGGCUCUGUCACAAGAUGAACGUUGAUAUGCCAUGUCAUCAAGGAAAAAACUCUGUCUUGCAUGCAUUACUAUCUAAAGACGAAUCAAGAGGUGAUGGUGUUUAUUUCGUGAACGAUAGCAAGUGGCACAUAGCACCCCAUUUUGAGAGAGUGGACUCCAAUAGGAACAAGAUUGUCGACUACAAACUCAAGAAUACACCUACGCAUGAAGCUUUACGCGGAAAGUCACAUGAAGAAUUUGACAAAUGUAUCAGGAAGGAAGAGUAUGAUACUCAAGUUGCCAGAGACAGGGAGUUAGGAUUGAAGUACUUUCAAAAGCCCAAGGAACACCAUGAAGACACGUCUUCCGAACUAGCCAGGAUUCCAGCCGCAACUGGUUAUGAGUCAUCAGAUAUUGAUGGAGAGUAUGAUGAGAUCAUUCGGAACGAUCACGCAUUGGAAGAGAAACAGACGAGCCACAGGGUGCCAACUCUUUCAAGAGAUCAUGGUGUUUCGUAUGUGAACGAUAUCGAAGGGCCCAUAGCACCCCAUUAUGAGAGAGUGGACUCCAAUAGGAACAAGAUUGUCGACUACAAACCCAAGAAUACACCUACGCAUGAAGCUUUACGCGGAAAGUCACAUGAAGAAUUUGACAAAUGUAUCAGGAAGAAAGAAUAUGGUAGCCCAGUUGUCAGAGACAGGGAUUUAGAACUGAAAUACUUUCAAAAGCCCAAGGAACACCAUGACGACACGUCUUCCGAACUAGCUAGGAUUCCAGCCGCAACUGGUUACAAGUCAUCAGAUAUUGAUGGAGAGUAUGAUGAGAUCAUUCGGAACGAUCACGCAUUGGAAGAGAAACAGACGAGCCACAGGGUGCCAACUCUUUCAAGAGAUCAUGGUGUUUCGUAUGUGAACGAUAUCGAAGGGCCCAUAGCACCCCAUUAUGAGAGAGUGGACUCCAAUAGGAACAAGAUUGUCGACUACAAACCCAAGAAUACACCUACGCAUGAAGCUUUACGCGGAAAGUCACAUGAAGAAUUUGACAAAUGUAUCAGGAAGAAAAUAUAUGAUAGUCAAGUUGCCAGAGACAGGGAGUUAGGAUUGAAAUACUUUCCAAGGCCAAAGGGUGUUCAUGACGACAUGUCUUCCGAAUUAGCUAGGAUUCCAGCCGCAACUGGUUAUGAGUCAUCAGAUAUUGAUGGAGAUUAUGGUGAGAUCAUUCGGAACGUUCACGCAUUGGGAGAAAAACAGAUGGGCGACAGGGUGCCAACUCUUUCACUGGAUUAUCGACCCCCCACACUUUAUUACACAAUUACGAGAGUUGAAAGAGAUCUUGCUUAUAUCAGAUACUCGCUAAUUAGAGAACUGAUGUUGGAAGGGCGUGAAAAAGAUGUUGCCUCUUUUAAGGAGUUGACGGAUCAUUCCAAAGCGCUGGAAGAUAAUGUAUCUUAA